AUGGUGGCGACAGAGAAGAGUGCGGGGGAAGGGGCGGUAAACGGGAGUGCGUCGGGGGAGGCAGCGGAGGGCAUUGGCGCGCAGCUGCUGAAAGGUGCGCGGCGGGAUAACGCGUUUGCCCCGCUGGAAGUGGCGGAGGUGAAGGCGCAGGUGGAAGCGGUGAGAGGGGAGGCGCGUGAGAUGCGCGGGGAGAUGGACGCGCUGAAGGUGACGGCGGCGCACAGGCGUGCAUCAACGACGUCGAGUUGGCGCUCGCCGCAAUCAAGGGCGGCCGCGCGGAGAAGAGCCGCGAGGAGCGUGAGGAUUGCAGCACCAUCCCAAAAUUCACCCCGCAACAUUUACUUUGAAAUCGCGGGAGACCCCAAGGUCACCAUCGUGGGGUUACCCACAACUUCCCAGCAAGUGCCCCCGAGGGAGGAGUCACCGGGGAAGGAGGGGGAGAUGGCAGUCGCCGGGGAAGGGGGCAUGGCCGGUGCUGCUGCGGGCACUGAGCCUAAGCUUAGUGUCGGAGGUAGUGCGGCUGAAGGAAAGGAGGAUAAGGCGGAAAGCGAGAAUACGGCAGAAGGCGAGAGCGAAGAGGAGUGGGGAGCGAAUGGUGAGGACUUCGAUGCGGAGGCUGAGCUAUUAUCGUUUAUUUUGAAAUACUGCUGUGGCACGGAUUGGUGCCUUGCUGCUCCCUUUACUGCUCCCCUUGCUGCUCCCGUUGCUGCACCCCUUGCGGCUCCCCUUGCUGCUCCCUUUGCUGGUCCCCUUGCUGCUCCCCAUGGUGCCCCCAUUGCUGCUCCUUGCUCCUCCCUCUGUCGCUCCCCUUGCUGCUCCUCUGCUGCCCCGUGGCUGCAGGCACUGCUGACGCUGUGGAGCAGGGUUUCUUCGGGCGAGACUCGCAUGGAUCUCAGUGAUGACUACCUCACCGACGCUGCUCUCACUCAACUCACCUCUUUUCACUCUCUCACGUAG